UCACUUUCGACGAGGAGUAGGCACAGUGUAGCUAGGAUUUGUUGGCGGGGAAAGCAGUUCGUUUGGAGCAUAUAUAAAGUGGUUUUCAGCAAGGGGGGAUCAAUCCAGUUAAUCUCUGGACGAACACCGGAUUACAGAGUUGCGGACAAUGAGGAUUUCGAUACAAGUGCUGGUGACGUUGGUCAUGCUGGUGGGUCUGGCCGCCAGCAAGGAGGAGACGAAAAAAGAGGCUGAACCCUCUGCCUCAGCUGAAGCACCAGUGGACGACAGUAAGAUAGAGAAGAAGCAGGAGAAACGAGGACUCUAUCACUCAGAAGGUGAUUACGGUGGAGGUUACGAAGGGCUCUUCGUCGGCCACGACUCCGGCUCAGACUUGGGAGGUCAUUCGGGCUAUGGUGGGGAAUCAAGUUUCGGAGGGCAUUCUGGUGGCCUCGGUGACCAUCAUGAGGGCAAGAUUAAGGAAAUAACAAUAGUGAAGAACAUCAAAGUUCCGUAUCCAGUCGAGAAGAAGGUUCAUUAUCCAGUGGAAAAAGAAGUGCCGUAUCCAGUUAAGGUGCAUGUGCCUCAGCCCUAUCCAGUGGAGAAAAAAAUUCCAGUACCGGUGAAGGUUUACGUAAAGGUACCUGUUCACAUACCAGCACCUUAUCCAGUUGAGAAGAAAGUGCUUUAUCCAGUUCACGUACCAGUGGACAGGCCUGUACCCCACAAGGUUUACAUUCCAGCGCCUUAUCCAGUAGAGAAAAAAGUUCAUUAUCAAGUUAAAGUGCCUGUGCCCCAACCAUUCCCGGUGGAGAAAAAGGUGCCUUAUGCCGUCAAAGUACCUGUUCACGUGCCCCAGCCUUAUCCAGUGGAAAAACCAGUGCCUUAUCCAGUCAAGGUACCUGUUGAUAGACCUUACCCUGUCCACGUAAUCAAACCCUAUCCCGUUCCUGUUGAAAAACACGUGCCCUAUCCCGUUGACAAACCUGUACCCUACCCCGUCAAAGUCCACGUUGACAGGCCAGUUCCUUACCACGUCGACAAACCUGUUCCCUAUCCCGUCAAAGUUCCCGUACCUGCACCCUACCCAGUCGAAAAAGCUGUACCUGUACCGGUGGAGAAACCUGUACCCUACGCUGUCAAGGUACCCAUCGAACGACCAGUUCCCGUCCACGUCACCAAACACGUACCCUAUCCCGUACCCAAACCUGUACCCUAUCCCGUCAAAGUCCCCAUCCCCUACCCUGUCCAUCACCAUGAACAUCAUGAGCAACCUGAGAUUGAACACCACGGCUACUCCGGGGGCGAUUACUCCGGAGGAGAACAUGGAGGAGAAAUCGAGUCUCAUGGUUACUGAGAAGAGGCUCGUUCCCGAAUAUUUCGAGCUAUUAUUAUUAAGUAGAGACUAAUGAAAAUUAUUACAAUUGUUCUUCUGUCUUUUUUUUUCAUCGUAACUCAAGCUGGAGUUCAUUAAUGCCGAUGAAUCUUAUGAUUCACAGAUCGCAAUUGUGACCAUGUUGUACCUUAUUAGAUGUUACUAUUUGUACAAUCGAGGUAAAUCGAUAGAAAUUUAUCUUGCAGACAGUGGUGCUUGUUGCGAACAGUGAUUACCAUGUUUUUGUAUAUUUUUAUGAGAUUUUUAUUAAUAAAAACCAAAGAAGGAA